AUGGGCAUCAGGGCAGAAGCAGAAAUGUGUUUACACUGUGGUGGUUAUGACGUGGAGAUGUUUGUGGACGUGCCGGACGAGGACCUGAUAUGCAGCAUAUGCAAGGGAGUUCUGCGCUGCCCGGUGCGAGCUGCCUGCCACCAUAUCUUCUGUAAGAAGUGCAUCAUGCAGUGGCUAAAGCGGCAACAAACAUGCCCAUGCUGCAGAAAGCCUGUCAGCCAGAGCCUGAUAUACGUCAUGUUCAAGCUCAGUAAAGCCAUCGGGCGGCUUAAGAUCAAGUGCAGGAAUGAGAUCCGCGGCUGCCGGACCACCUUCGCUCUGUCCGAGCAGUACUGCCACAGCAUAGUCUGCCCUUUCGAGCUCAUCUCCUGCCCCUUCCAGGGCUGCAGGGCCCAGCUGCUGCGGCGCGACCUGGAGGUCCACUCUCAGCACUGCGAGCACUGGAGGCAGCCCUGCCACAUGGGCUGUGGCACAAUGCUAUCGCAGAGCACCCGCACCCAGCACAACUGCUACCAGGACCUGCGGCGGCAGUACGAGGUCAGGCAGCAGAGCCACCGCGCCAUCGCCGCCGCCCUGCAGAGGAAGAUGAGGAAGAUGCAGAACACCAUGGCCCACAUGAAGAGGCAGAUCAGCCUUAUCUGUGAGAGCCUGCAGGUGAUGGACGACCUGGAGGAGGUCAUCGAGGAUGAGGAGGAGCCUGUGAUUGGCCCGGCCGGCAGUAUCACCAACAGCAACAGCAGCUCCUGAGGACUUAAGGUUGAACUAGUGAUGGAAGAUUCAGUAUUCAGUAUACUGAACAUGGUGGGCAUCACAAUACAAUACUAUCACUAUACUAUCCCAAUAUUGUGAUUCUCUGUGAUACUUCGUAGUCAUCUCUGUUACCCAAGAGGAGAAAAUACUCAUAAAUGAGCAAAUACCACAAAUAAUUGAUUUAUUGGUGUCAAUUUUACAGAAUUUUACAAUCAAUAUUCUUCACCACAGGUUUAUUUACCCUAUUCAUUUGAUUAUAGCGCCACCAGAUGGAGUAAUGAAGCAGUACAUUUAGAAAGUCAAAUUGGGGGCGAGUCUUGGGGGGUUUUGAGUGCCUAUAUACUUCAAUAAAAUAUAGAUAUUUAAUGACACUUAUCGAUACAAUAUAUCGUGCACUGAAAUGGGUGAAUAGCUGAUAUAUUAUAUUUUCAUAGCAAUACAUGUACAUUUAUAAAUGUAGCAUACAUUUAGGCCUGCCCUGAUUAUAAUUACUUCAUCAACUUAUCCUACAGUAUGUGGACAUACCAUAAAUUCAACCUCAGUAUUGCCUAUUGUGUUUAAUUGCGUACUUUUUCCGUAAAUUUGUUAUAUCAACUCAUAUUAUAGCCAAUGAGAUACUGUACUUUUGCUUGAAAAUGUAAAUAUAAACCCAAUAUAAGCAUAUUAUAAUGGCUUAUGUGUACCUUUCUAUAUUCUACCUAAAAUAAGCUGCAAUUAAACAGGUUAAAAAGUUCCCAAACUAUUACAGAAUUCAAGUUCUUUGCUCUAUAAAAGAGUGCAGUUGCAUUGUUAUGCAUUGUUACUGUUAUUUUCAUGUUAUCGUCAGAUCACUGACAUAAACUCCUAUACUAAAGUACUAAAAUUAUCUGACAGGCCUAAUAGAAAUUAAGGGUAUUACAUGGUACUGUGACUAUCUGCACUGUUCACUAUAUAAAUUAUACCGUACUAGUCAAAAGUUUGGACACACCUUAAAUUCAGUGUUCAUUUUUCAUUAUUUUAAACAGCUCGUCAUGGGACUACACAUUCAGAGGUAUUGAUGAGCUAGGUUCAAUGUGUUGGAAAUGUUAAGAGUUUAGAGUGACCUCAAGUGACUCAAGUGAGAGAAUGCAAGUGUUCAAUCAUUAAUAAAUGUGUAAUAAAAUUGCAAAAAUGGUUGGAAAACAGUGAAUUGUUUACUUGAUAAUUUGUACAGAUUGUUUGAUAAUAAAGAAUGAUUCUAACUUCA